GCGGCGGCGCUGCCUCCCCACCUCCGUCCCUGCAUCCAUCCCUCCCUCCUUCCUUCCUUUCUUUCUUCCCAGGGCAGGCGUGGCUGCUCCUCAACCAAGUGCCGACGCCGGGGCGAUGCACCGCACCGGCGAGAAGAGCCGGGCGGGCCGCCGGGAACCCUGCCCCGCUGCCCCCCGCGGCGGCCGGGCCGUGCUGGGGGUGCUGGUGGAGAACGGGCAGCAGCGGCCCGGCGGCCAGAGUACUGCUGUUACCAGACACUUCUCCGUCUCCAAGAACGCCAUCCCUCCGGCUGGAAAAGAUGAAUUAUCCAGCUGUGUGGUCAGUGCUGCGUCAAAGCAGGGGUUUGCCAUCUACAUAGAUGAACCAGAACAGAAAGAAAACUACAGCUACCAAGUGGAUGAAGAGCUGGAAUCAAGCCUGUGUGAACUGGAUACUAGUGCAAUGACAUCCAGUAUUCACCUACUGCUGGAUCUGAGUACAGGUUCUCCUAUGCUAGUGGAUACAUCCUUCAGGUCCCAACCUGAGCAGCAGAUGGGAGAUGCCGUAACUCUAAUGACUGUGGGAGAGUAUGCAGAAGACAUUCAUCAGUACCUCCGAGAAGCUGAAAUUAAAUACAGGCCCAAGCCCCACUACAUGAGGAAGCAACCAGAUAUCACAUCAGGAAUGCGUGCCAUCUUGGUAGACUGGCUGGUGGAAGUAGGGGAAGAAUAUAAACUUCGGACAGAGACAUUAUACUUGGCAGUGAACUACCUGGACAGGUUUCUCUCCUGUAUGUCUGUUCUCAGAGGGAAGCUGCAGCUUGUCGGAACAGCAGCAAUUCUUCUGGCUGCGAAAUACGAAGAAAUCUACCCACCAGAAGUGGAUGAAUUUGUGUAUAUAACAGAUGAUACAUACACAAAGAGGCAGCUGCUAAGAAUGGAACACCUGCUUCUCAAAGUGUUGGCUUUUGACCUCACGGUGCCGACUAUCAACCAGUUCCUCCUUCAGUAUAUUCAGAGGCAUGGAGUCUGUAUCAGGACAGAGAACUUUGCAAGGUAUCUUGCAGAAUUGAGUCUCCUUGAAGCUGAUCCUUUCCUGAAGUACCUUCCUUCACAAACCGCUGCAGCAGCCUACUGUCUAGCAAACUAUACGGUGAACAGGUCUUUCUGGCCAGAAACUCUUGCUGCAUUCACUGGAUAUUCAUUAAGUGAGAUAGUGCCUUGCCUGACUGAUCUGCACAAAGUAUGCCUUGAUGCUCCCCGUUGCCAACUGCAAGCAAUUAAGGAGAAGUAUAAGCACUCAAAGUAUUUGCAGGUGUCUCUUCUGGAGCCCCCAGCAGCUCUUCCUCUACAAUAGAGAUGGUGGAUCCUGCACUUAGAUAAUUUCUUCCCAAUCUACAAAGCUGGUCUAACAUUUCAUUGAACACUGCAGGUCAUGUGUCUGUAACCAUGGUGACCAGAAUGGUUUUUAGCUAGUAUUUUUUAAUUAGAUACCUUUUUAAAAAAGGAUAUUAGACUAUAGCUCUUAAUAUAACUGACAGCACUUUUAAUAAAUGUCUUAUUACACUUCCUCUGAAUUUUCUGACUCCAGUUAAUAUCUGCAGUAAUGGUGUGUGGAAAGGCUUUCUUACAAAGUAUCUGAGAUGGGCUUUUAUGUUAGCUAGACUGGAUAAAUGUGUCAGGCUAUGUU